AUGGUAACAACAAAGUCGCGCACCUCUACGAAGGCUGCAAAGAACUCUCCAGAUGUCCCGACUCGAAACCUGCCCGCCAAAACCUUCAUCAUCGACAAUGGCGCCUAUACAAUGAAAGCGGGCUACGCCUGUGAUCCCUCGUCCUCCUCCGAAGAAGCCCUAUCCAACUGCUCCACGAUACCAAACGCGAUAGUUAAGACUCGAGAUAACCGGAUAUGGACCGCUGCACAGCUUGCAACCCAUGUCACGGACUGGAAUGAGGCAGUGUUCCGCCGCCCGGUCGAGAAGGGAUAUAUUGUGAAUUGGGAAGCGGAGAGGGAGAUUUGGGACCAGACGUUCUUCGAGGAGAAGGCGACAGCGCGGAAUAAGCUGCUUCGAAUUACUCACCCGGAGGAAACCACUCUGGUGCUUACCGAGGCUCCAAAUAACCUCCCGGUGUUGCAGCGAAAUACGGAUGAGAUGGUUAUGGAGGAAUGGGGGUUUGGAGGCUAUGUGAGAUGCUUGGGUCCGACACUCAAUGCUUGGAAUGAAGUCAAUUCGCUAUUCGGUGACCCUCUCACCCAGUCCGACUCCGAUAUCAUGCCCAAGGACUGCCUCCUGGUCGUCGAUUCGGGAUACUCCCAUACAACAGUGACACCCGUAUACAAAGGCCAGCCCAUUCAACGUGCCAUCCGACGGCUCGAUGUCGGUGGCAAGUUCCUUACAAACUACUUGAAAGAGAUCGUAUCCAUGCGCCAAUACAACAUGGUAGACGAGACAUACAUCAUGAACGAAGUCAAAGAGGCUGUCUGUUUCGUCAGCAAUGAUUUCACGGCCGACAUGGAACGAACCUGGAAGGCUAAUCGCAAGCGCGAAGAAGCCCAAAGCGUGGUAGUAGACUACGUGCUUCCAGAUCCAAAUGCUCACAAGAAGGGCUUCAUGCGCCCACAUGAUCCACUCUUGCAUGCAAAGAAAAAGAAGGGUGCGCUUUCUGGUCUCAGUGCAGAGAUUUUGUCUGAGGAUGUGCUGGUUCUGGGCAACGAAAGGUUUACUGUCCCGGAGCUUCUGUUCAAACCCAGUGAUAUCGGGAUGCAGCAAGCUGGUAUCCCAGAUAUGAUUCUUCAGAGCUUGUCGGUAUUGCCGCCUGGAUUGCAUGCCGCCUUCUUGGCGAAUGUGUUAGUUGUUGGUGGUAAUUCUUGCAUUCCGGGCUUCAUGGAACGGCUUGAAAAUGAUAUCCGCGGGAUUGCCUCAUCAGAAUGUGUGGUUCGCGUUCGACAGGCCGAGGAUCCUUUCCGCUUUACUUGGCUCGGCGGGUCUCGUUUCGCGAGCAACCGUGAGGAACUUGGCAAGUUGGCCAUUACCCGCCAGGAAUACCAGGAAUAUGGAUCAGGAUGGGCUGGCCGACGAUUUGCCGGUAUGAUAUGA